AUGAGGGAGUGGAUCCAGCUGCAUGAGAAGACAUGGACACCAAUGGUCCACACCCCAAUGAAGGCACCCAACAACAAAGAGACUGAUGAUGAACUGAAGGCCAGGUACCCAGUCCUGGUGGGAAAGCUUUUAUGGAUCUCAAACACUGUCUGGCUGGACAUCACAUUUGCAGUCAACACCCUGGCCCACCACAUGUCCAAACCCACCAAAGGGGCCAUGCAAGCAGCUCUGCAGGUGGUGAAAUAUCUGAAUCAAAUGCAUGAUGAAGUCCUGAGACUUGGUGGCAAGAAUGAAAAUGAACCACCCAUCACCAUCUACAUGGACUCAAACUGGGCCUCCAAUCUGAAUACAUAUAGGAGGAGUACAUCAGGCUCAAUUGUAAAGGUGUUUGGCAGCAUGGUGACCUGGAGCUCCCAUGUCCAGAAAUGUGUCUCAGAUUUGGCCAUCAAAGCAGAGUACAUGGCAGGAUUGGCAGCCAUGCAUGAGGUCCUCUUCCAUUGGCAUCUGCUACAAGGGCUUGGUGAUAUUGUCAUGCAAUACAUUAAGACUGACUACAACAAUGUGGACUACCUAACAAAACCAGUGUCCCAACACCUCCUAAUGUGCACCCAGAAAUGUCUUGGUAUGAUGGAACUCAACCCCCUCGACCACUCAGUUUGCGAGAAGGGCAGUGAAAACACAUGA